UAUAGCUCUAGGAUGGAGACGCUUUCCUCCAUCCAUAUCCACCUUUCCUCAAACAUCUAACUUCUUCCAAGCUCAAGUCUACCUCUUAGUUCUUAAUUUUUUUCUCCAUCCAUGCACAGCGCUAUGGAGCAAAAAAGGUAUUGGAUGUGCACUAGAAGGAAAUCGGUUGAGAGACCCCAUGUCAGCUCUUCGAUCUACAAAAUCUCCAAAAGCUCUUUCUACAAAGAAUCAUGGGAAGAACAAGCCUUCGCAGAGGACUUUGCAGGUCACUUGGGUGGUUGUGUUUGGCCUCCAAGAUCCUAUGCAUGCAGCUUCUGUCGACGGGAAUUCCGAUCGGCCCAAGCACUUGGUGGUCACAUGAACGUACACCGGAGGGACAGGGCGAGGCUCAAACAAUCUUUAAGCCCCACCACUGAAAGCCUUGACACUCAUCAGCAUCAUCACCACAGUCCCUGCACACCAUUAGGCACAUGGUAUCUGGACCAGGUUCCCUCUCCGGUAAGCAACAGCAACCCUAACCCUAAUUGUGAUGUUGUAGCAUCGGUUGUCUCUCCAAGGGUCUCAGCAGCAUCCACCAGAGAGAAGAGCAAAAACUCCUUGGUUUCUCCUCCUUAUUCUUCGACCAUUAUUCGGGAGAAUCCAAUGAAAUCAUCCCUUUUCACUGCGACUCGAUCCCUCACAGAUCCAACGACCUCUCGACAGCUAACUUCGCCAGAAUUGAAACUUGGAAGAGAGAAUUUGAAGCUCAGGGAAGUAGGUUUUCGGUUUUCAAGUAAUCUAGGCAACGAUGAGGAGGAGAAGGUUAGUAGCAAGAGACAGCGGACCGAUCCACUAUAUUUCUUGAAGGGGGUUGCUUCAGUCGGCCAACAAAAACUCCACUCUGAGGUACCUAAACUUCGUCCUUGCCCUGAUGAAGAAUUUGAUCUUGAGCUUAGGCUUGGACGGCUUCCGAAGGAUAUAUAAAUAGAAUUGCAAAUCCAUCAUGCUUCUGUAUCUGUUUGUAUCCUUGGUUUCUGUUCUCCUUUUCCUUUCUUCUUCUUCUCAACUUUUGGCCAAAGGCUUUGCUCAUCUUCAGAUUGAACGGUUGUAUCUUUAAAUUUAUCUGUGGUCAAAAAUUAUAAGAAUAACACUGAUGGUACCAUAUAUUAGAAUGAAA